AUGGAGAUUUACAGAAUGAGUAAUGACAGGAUCAAUGUGACAGUUGAUGCUGCAGGUUUGAUAACUAAAUAUUCAGAUGCUGUUAACAUCUUCAUCAUUGUGCUUAUAUCUUUACUUAUUUUACUUACAGUUGGAGGCAAUACGUUUGUUAUAUUGGCUUUCUUAGUGGAAAAGAAACUCAGAAACCAAAGCAAUUUCUUUCUCCUAAAUUUGUCGAUUGCUGAUUUUUUGCUAGGUGCAUUUGCUAUCCCUUUGUAUGUACCAUAUAUGCUGACAGGAAAGUGGCUGCUUGGGAAAUUCCUCUGCAAAGUGUGGCUAAUUGUUGAUUACACCAUGUGCACAGCCUCAGCGUUUAAUGUCGCUCUUAUCAGCUGGGAUCGAUUCCUCUCUGUCACUCAGGCUGUGUUAUACCGAUCUCAACAGAACAGUCACUGCUGGACAAUUAUAAAGAUGACUGCAGUCUGGAUACUGUCAUUUCUACUCUAUGGGCCAGCAAUUAUUUUUUGGGAUUUAAUUCUCACUACAGAGGAAAUUCCGGAAAACACUUGUGUAGCCGGAUUUUAUUACUCAUGGUAUUUCCUUCUUACAGCAUCAGCAUUUGGGUUCUUUCUCCCAUUGAUAAGCAUUUGCUUUUUCAACCUGAGCAUUUAUUGCAACAUUAAAAAACGCAGUAGAAAAAAAAUGCAGAACUCCAUUUCUCUUCCCACAGACAAGAGUCGAAAAGAGGCAAAACUGUACACAAUAGCCACAAAUAAUACUCCUCAGGCUUCUCGGACGAGAAUGAAGAUUUGCUGUAAUCAGUGCUUUGAUAUCUCCUCCUCUUCCCAGAAUAAUAACAGAUCAAAUCAAAUCACUGUUCUUUCCAGAGACAAAAAAGUAGCAAAAUCUCUUUCCAUUUUAGUAUGCAUUUUUGCCAUAUGCUGGGCUCCUUAUUCAUUCCUUAUGAGUAUACGUGCCACCUGUCAUGGUUACUGCAUUCAUAUUUAUUGGUAUGAUAUAACAUUCUGGUUGCUGUGGACUAAUUCUGCAAUAAACCCUAUUAUUUACCAUUUAUGCCACAAAACUUUUCGAGAGGCAUUCCUCAAUAUUGUUAUUCGUGUAUGCUUGAAGAAUCACAAAGUUUAA